GCUAGCACCUGAGAAAAGUGGAACUGUGAAACUGGGCAACCGGGGCUUUCCAGACGCCAGGUUUGGAAAGGCUGGGGCCAGAAGGAGGGGGCUGCCCGCAGAGCGGGAGCCGCAGAGUGCCGUGAUCCUCCAAUCCUGCAGAGUGCUCCCAAGCAGAGGUGACCUCCAGCGAGGGGAGUCCCUGGACCCUAGGCCUGUAGGGCGAAUCCACCGGUUUCCCGGUGAUCUCCCAGGAGGGUGCAAGCAAGGCUGGAGGGGCGGGCGCUCAGGGCGCGGCCAGUGGCUCCUGGGGGGCGCACCGGCGGGGCUGGCUGGCCUUUGGCUGCUAUUUCUGCAGACUGCCAGGAGAAUGGCGGGACAGAGGGCUGUGGCCCGGAUCGGGCCCGGGGCGCUGCUGGUUCUGCGCGCUCUGCUGGCCGCCGCGCACCCGCAGUGCUUGGACUUCAGGCCGCCCUUCCGGCCGCCGCAGCCGCUGAGCUUCUGCGCGCAGUACUCCGCCUUCGGCUGCUGCACCGCGGAGCAGGACGCGGCGCUGGCCCGGCGCUUCCGGGCCCUGGAGACCCGCAUGGAUGCCGGGGUGUGGGCGACGUGUGCCGGCUACGCUCUGGACAUGCUGUGCCAGGAAUGCUCACCCUAUGCGGCCCAUCUCUAUGACGCUGAGGAUCCGGCCACCCCACUUCGGACAGUGCCUGGCCUGUGUGAAGAUUAUUGCCUGGACAUGUGGCAGACCUGCCGAGGCCUCUUUCGUCUCCUCUCCCCUGACCGUGAACUCUGGGCCCUGGAGAGCAACCGGGCCAAAUUAUGCCGCUACCUGUCGCUAGAUGACACCGACUACUGUUUCCCAAGCCUGCUGGUCAAUGAGAACCUCAACUCGAACCUGGGCCGUGUAGUGGCUGAUGCCAAGGGCUGCCUGCAGCUGUGUUUGGAGGAGGUGGCCAAUGGACUUCGAAACCCGGUUGCCAUGGUACAUGCCAGGGAUGGCAGCCACCGCUUCUUCGUGGCAGAGCAGGUGGGGCUGGUGUGGACCUACCUGCCUGACCGCUCCCGCCUGGAGAAGCCCUUCCUGAAUGUGAGCCAAGCAGUGCUUACUUCGCCCUGGGAAGGGGACGAACGUGGCUUCCUGGGUCUUGCCUUCCACCCCCGCUUCCCACAUCCCAGCAAACUCUAUGUCUACUAUUCCGUGGGGGUCGGCUUCCGAGAGUGGAUCCGCAUCAGCGAGUUCAGAGUCUCAGAGGGUGACGAGAACACAGUGGAUCAUGGCUCAGAGAGGAUAAUUCUGGAGAUCGAAGAACCAGCUUCCAAUCACAAUGGGGGCCAGCUGCUCUUUGGGGAUGACGGCUUCCUCUACAUCUUUACUGGAGACGGCGGGAUGGCUGGAGACCCCUUUGGGAAGUUUGGAAAUGCACAAAACAAGUCUGCUCUGCUGGGCAAGGUGCUGCGCAUCGACGUGGACCGUAAGGAGCGAGGCCUCCUUUACGGCAUCCCUCCGGACAACCCGUUCGUGGAUGAUCCCGGAGCGCGGCCCGAGGUCUAUGCCCUGGGUGUGCGCAACAUGUGGCGCUGCUCCUUCGACCGCGGAGACCCAAUGUCUGGCACUGGCCGUGGGCGCCUGUUCUGCGGGGACGUGGGCCAGAACAAGUACGAGGAGGUGGACCUGGUGGAGCGGGGCCGCAACUACGGCUGGCGCGCUCGUGAGGGCUUCGAGUGCUACGACCGCAAGCUGUGCGCCAACGCCUCCCUCGAUGACGUGCUGCCGAUUUUCGCCUACCCGCACAAGCUGGGUAAAUCAGUCACGGGAGGCUACGUGUACCGGGGUUGUGAGUACCCCAAUCUCAAUGGCCUCUACAUUUUUGGCGAUUUCAUGAGCGGGCGACUGAUGUCUCUCCGAGAGAACCCAGAGACAGGACAAUGGAAGUAUAGCGAGGUCUGUAUGGGCCGUGGACAGACCUGUGCUUUCCCAGGUCUCAUCAACAACUACUACCCCUACAUCAUCUCCUUUGCGGAGGACGAGGCUGGGGAGCUGUACUUCAUGUCCACGGGUGUUCCCAGUGCUACAGCUGCACAUGGGGUCAUCUACAAAGUCAUCGAUCCCUCCAGACGGGCACCUCCAGGGAAAUGUAAGAUCCGCCCUGCUCAGGUGAAGGUGAAGAGCCAUCUCAUCCCCUUUGUGCCCAAGGAAAAGUUCAUCCGGACGCCAGAGAGCACUCCGCGCCCCACAGCCCGCGCUCCCACUAAGGCGCCCCGCCGUAGGCGCCCCACGGCUGCUCCUCCUGCCCCCACCCCGCGACCCACAAAGCCCGCAAGGCCCACCCGGCGACCAGGGGCCCGGAGGGGAGGCGGGCGACGGCGGGGACGUCCGAGUACCGCGGUCUCUGAACCCCAGAACGGCUCGGUGCGUCUGGUACGGCCCGCAGGCCUGAGCCCCGGCAGUGGUCGCGUGGAAGUGUUCAUAGGCGGACGCUGGGGCACGGUGUGCGACGACGCCUGGGACACCAAGGCAGCCGCCGUGGUGUGUCGUCAGCUGGGCUUUGCGCACGCGGUGCGAGCCGCCAAGCGCGCGGAGUUUGGCGAGGGCCGCGCGCUCCGGAUCUUGCUGGACGACGUGCGCUGCGCGGGCAGCGAACGCAACCUGCUGGAGUGCGCGCACGCUGGCGUGGGCACGCACAAUUGCAAGCACGACGAGGACGCUGGCGUCGAGUGCAGCCACCAAGACCCGAACCUGUAGCCUGACCUCUCCUACCUGGCGGUGCUACUCUGGGAGUGGCCCCUUGGGUUUGCGGGCGAGCCGUGCAGUAUGCACGAGCCAGGAUGGAGGGUUCAUCUGCACGUGACCUCGUGUGUGUGUGUGUGUGUGUGUGUGUGUGUGUGUGUGUGUGUGUGUGUGUGCGCGCACGCGAGCACGCGCACGUUGGAUGAGAUCUCGUAUCUGUCAGCACUUCGGAGAGCAGCCACUGUUCGGGAACUGCACUGGGUAAGGGAAGCUGGAUGCCUUUACAAUGUCAGACUGAGGGAAGGGACCAGAGUUUCUCUGCCAGCGCCGAGUGACAGGCACCAGAACAGCAGGAUGAUGGCCUGAGAAAAAUGGCUAGAACAUGGGCAGCUGACCCAGUAGUCCGAGGCACCGCAGAAACAAAUGGGCAGUCUGAGAGACACAGAGAAGGAUCUCAAAGGGCCGGGGAGGGGAGGGGGCCUGUGGUCAUUCGCUGCCCACCAGGGACCAGGCUGCCGAAAGGAACCAAGCACCCAUGAUGGAAGGCAGACUAGAGGGCCUGGAGGACCUCUGAAACUAUUUGCUGAGUCCUGCAGGCAACCUGGGGAGGCUACUAAGUCCCCUCCAUCCCUGACGGCAGAACUUCACCUAUUCCUGGGCCAGAAGCUCCCUUCAGCCCCCAGUGUGGGUGGGGGCGGGGCUCUACUUUGAUCCUCGACCAUUUCUGUCCCCUCCCAGGGGAUUCUCAGAUUUCUCAGCCUCAUGGGCUAAUUUGCCCGUGGGGCCACCAAGACUACCCACUAGAGCUGUGUCAACAAUUUGACUAUUCACAACCCUUCCUUCCUUUCUCUUACCAUCCCCCCCCCCCACACACACACCUAGAGGCUGGGGUGCAAGACAGGGUAUAGCCCAUGUCAGGCAGUGUGGCCAGGGCUCUGGGUGAGGCUCCUGGUCCAAGCUUUACAGGAAAUAGUCAUUCCUGCACUGAAUUCCAAACUGAACAGGCCUGCAUGGUGUUCCAGGCAGAGCGACUGGUACAGGCUCAGGCUCCUGGUCAUCACAGCCGAGAAUGGAGCGCUGUUGCACAGGCUCUCCCUGGUUGCUCUGCAACUUUGGAGCCGGUUGUUCUCUGGGAAAUUUUUUUUUUUUUAAAUUACUGAACUGUUAAGAAAAUGACAAAAAAGGGAAAAUAUCAUUUUCAAAUUUUUAAAAAAUUACUGAACUGUUAAGAAAAUGACACAAAAAAGGGAAAUAUCAUUUUCUGCAAAUCUAUGCAGCCCCAAGGCGGAGCAGCUGGGGAGCCUGUGCUGUCUGCAUCUUUGCAGUGCAGUUCCUGUAGGGGCACAACGUGUCUACACCGUCUAUUCUGGUUAUUGAUAGGAGGGCGAGGUUUGGGUGUGGAGAACGGUGCACUGGGCAGGCGCACUUGGUGUGCCAGGACUGGCUGGGAAGCUCCUCUCAGUCUUCAGCUCCCAAGGUGCCUGUGCCCACCUCUUAUACACAUUAAACUAGACGGGGUGGGAGUCCUAGUCCUCGCUGUGUGGCCUGACAACAGUAACUCCUCUGAGCCUUAUGGGAAAAUGGAGGUAACCAACAGGAUUUAUACACACACAAAGAUCAAGGCAGCAUCAUAGAUGUGCAUUCCAUGAAGUGAGAGCUUAGUAGUGACUUGGUGACAUCGAGGUUGGCACCUGUGUUAGACAGGGAGGUGCGCCAUGUGGAGGGACUGACCCUGAGGUGUCAUGGGAAGAAGCAGGCAAAAAGGAGAAAUGUGAGCCCUUUUUAAGCCCCAUUAAGAAAUGUUAGCACACGGAGAACUAUUCCAGCUGGGCAUCGGACCUCUCACCCGCUUCGUGGAGGAGAACUAGCCUUUAUGCAGAACUGGCUGCAUGCCAGAUACCUCUGCUGUUAGAUCAUGUCAUCCGGCCCCCAGCACUCCCAACGUCACCAUCCCUCUCUCCAUCCCCACAGUGGCUGUAAAUCGAUGUCCAGGGCUUUGGAGAACUGAGAUCCACUUCUCAGUGCUUCCCCCCAUCCUUAUCUUUCCUCAGGCGGUACCUCUAGAUCCCCUUUGCUACAUGCCCUCAGUAGUUCCUGCUGGGAAAUGGUACCCAUGGGGGGAUGCCCUGCCUAGUUUUUAUGCCAGGUUGACACUAGCUAGAGUCAUCCGAGAAGUGGGAGCCUCAGUUGAGAAGAUACACCCACCAAAUUGGCAUGUGGGAAAUGCCUGUGGGGCAUUUUCUUGAGGAAUGAUUGAUGAGGAAGGGUCCAGCCCACUGUGGUGGUGCCAUCUAUGGCUCAGUGGUCCUGGGUGGUAUAACAGAGCAGGCUGAACAAACCACCCUAGGGAAGCGGCAGGGAGCAAGCCAGUAAGCAGUGCUCCCCCACGGCCUCAACAUCAGUCCUUGUCUCCAGGUUCCUGAUUUGAGCUCUUGCUCUGACUUCCCUGGAUGAGGAACUAGAGGAUAUAAGUUUAAAUAAACACCUUU